GCCCCCGCGGCCGCGCGGCUCGGCGCUGCCCGCCGCGGCUGCCCACCGCCCCGCGCUGAGCCGAGCCGCCGCCCCGCGGCACCAUGUCCCGGCGCAAGAUCUCCUCGGAGUCCUUCAGCUCGCUGGGGUCGGACUGCCCGGAGACCAGCCCCGAGGAGGAGGGCGAGUGUCCCCUGUCCCGCCUCUGCUGGAACGGCAGCCGCAGCCCCCCCGGCCCCGCCGACACCCCCUUCGCCGCCGCCGCCGCCGCGGCCAGCGCCGGGGCGCGCCGCGCUCCGCGCCGCCGGCGGGUCAACCUGGACUCGCUGGGCGAGAGCAUCCGCCGCCUGACGGCCCCCGCGCCUCAGACCAUUCAGCAAACUCUUCAAAGGACACUGCAGUAUUUUGAGCAUCAAGUUAUUGGUUACAGGGAUGCAGAGAAGAACUUUCACAAUAUAUCAAACAGAUGCUCCUAUACAGACUGUACUGACAGUGAAGAAGCUGAAGAUGUCUCAGGAAUUCUCCAGUGUACGGCUAAUGUACUUGGUCUGAAGUUUGAGGAAAUGCAAGAAAAGUUUGGGGAGGAAUUCUUCAAUAUCUGCUUUGAUGAGAAUGAAAGAGUUCUUCGAGCUGUAGGUGGGACCCUUCAAGACUUCUUCAAUGGCUUUGAUGCUUUGCUGGAGCACAUUAGAACUUCAUUUGGAAGACAGGCCACCCUGGAAUCCCCUUCUUUCCUAUGCAAAGAGCUCCCUGAAGGCAAUCUCAUGCUUCAUUACUUUCACCCACAUCAGAUUGUGGGAUUUGCAAUGAUGGGAAUGAUAAAGGCAGCAGCAAAGAAGAUUUACCGCUUAGAAGUGGAAGUAGAACAGGUCACUAAUGAUAACUUGUGUUCAGAGGGGACGAACCCAGGUAACUGCAGUUGUCUGACUUUCCUUAUCAAAGAACAUGAAAAUGCAAAUAUCACAAAAGCACUUCCACAUGGAACUUCCCAGUCCCCCUUAGACCUGAGGAUUAGCAUCAGCACCUUCUGCAGAGCUUUCCCCUUUCAUCUGAUGUUUGAUCCAAACAUGCUGGUUCUCCAGCUUGGAGAAGGUCUUAGAAAGCAGCUCAGAUGUGACACUCAUAAAACUCUGAAAUUCCAAGACUGCUUUGACAUAGUUUCUCCUAAAAUCAGUGCCACAUUUGAACGGGUUCUCCUGAGGUUAUCUACUCCCUUUGUCAUUCGCACCAAACUUGAGGAUUCUGGCUCUGAAAAUAAAGAUAAGGUCAUGGAGAUCAAAGGACAAAUGAUUCAUGUGCCAGAAUCAAAUUCAAUUUUGUUUCUGGGUUCCCCCUGUGUGGACAAAUUGGAUGAACUGAUGGGGCGAGGCCUCCAUCUUUCGGACAUACCUAUCCAUGAUGCUACUCGCGAUGUCAUAUUGGUUGGGGAGCAGGCAAAGGCCCAGGAUGGCUUGAAAAAACGAAUGGAUAAGCUGAAGGCAACGCUAGAAUGCACACACCAAGCCCUGGAAGAGGAGAAAAAGAAAACAGUAGAUCUCCUUAUUUCUAUUUUCCCUGAAGAAGUGGCUCAGCAGUUGUGGCAGGGGCAGCAGGUUCAGGCCAGGAAGUUUGAUGAUGUCACCAUGCUUUUCUCAGACAUUGUUGGCUUCACUGCUAUCUGUGCACAGUGCACGCCCAUGCAGGUUAUCAGCAUGCUGAACGAACUCUACACGCGGUUUGACCAUCAGUGUGGAUUCCUGGACAUCUACAAGGUGGAAACAAUAGGUGAUGCAUACUGCGUUGCAGCAGGGCUCCAUAAGAAAAGCCUUAGUCAUGCUAAAGCCAUUGCCCUGAUGGCACUGAAGAUGAUGGAGCUUUCAGAAGAGGUUCUCACUCCAGAUGGGAGCCCUAUUAAGAUGAGGAUAGGCAUUCACUCAGGAUCGGUGCUGGCUGGUGUCGUUGGUGUAAGAAUGCCACGUUAUUGUCUCUUUGGGAACAAUGUCACCCUUGCAAGCAAGUUCGAGUCAGGAAGUCACCCACGCCGCAUCAAUGUCAGUCCAACCACAUACCAGCUUUUGAAAAAGGAAGAAAAUUUUAUUUUUAUCCCUCGUUCCCGUGAAGAGCUUCCAGAAAACUUUCCAAAGGAAAUUCCUGGGAUCUGUUACUUCCUCGAAGUCAGAAGUAGUCAGAAGCCGCCAAAACCCUCCAUCACAUCUGCCAGAGUGAGAAAGGUUUCUUACAACAUUGGCACCAUGUUCCUCCGGGAGACUAGCCUAUGAGGCCUGCUGCAGAUCAAAGACUCGUCAAAAAAGCACAAGCCCAGAACUGGGUCAUGACAGGGGAGUUGGAGUUUCUUUCUAUUUCACUGCCUUGUUCUGAACAAGCAGUAAAAGCUCCAUGUAACGUCAGGCAAUAAUCAUUUUAAAAGGUGGGUGACUGCUGUCAGUAAACAAAGUGGAGAUAGGGAAAAAAAAAAAUAAACAAAGUACUUCCAGAGGAAUUUCUUUCAUAAACUUCAGCCUGGCCCCUCUAUGACAAACAAAACCAAACCAAACAAAAAAAACCUAACACUCAAAUUAGAGGUUGGUUUUGUUUUGUGCAGAAAGGAUGAUGGUUCUCUGUAGAUUUGCACCAGCUAAGCAGAAUUGAGAGUCAGUUCUGAUUAUGCAUUCCUACAUUUAAUGCGUUCUUCAGUAAGGUAAUGAUGUUUUUUAACUUUAUGAACAAACAUUUCAUACAUAUACUGUAGACCUGUUGUAACCUUCCUGGCAGGAGGAAUUAUAAUUCAAUACAAAUAUUGUAGGAAUUUUACCUAUUUUUAUACAUAUUUCACUUUCUGGAUAAUUACAUUCCACAUACUGUAAGCUGAAUGAGCUUAGAUAGCUUUUCAGAAGAAGCUACUGUAUAUUUCAUACAUUCUACCUAUCAAACCUUAUUGUUAUACAAGUGGGAAGAAGUCAUUUUUUGACUUUUUUUGGCAACAAAAAUAUUGACAUUUUACAGAAAAAAACACUUUGGUAAAUCUCUUUACCUGAUGUUUAUGCUAAAGCUUUAGAUGAGCAUUGUCUUGCUUAUAUAAAAUAAUGUUCAGUAUUUGUCCUACAGUGCUGUAUGUCCAGUCCUUCCAGGACAAUGCAAACAAAAUGUAGAAGAUCAAUGUGUUGACAAACAGAAAAGUUCUGCUCAGUGAGGCUUGUUUCCCACUAAAUUAUCAACCAAACUGAUUUUUGACAGAAGUCCUGGAGUUUUUUAAAAAAUUUGAUCUUGUGAAAACUUAUUCUAAGGAAUUCCAGCAGACACUGGAAGCUCUCUGGGUACUGGUUUUCCACAUUUUUUUAAUAGGACUUGUGCUCCUACUCCAGCUUGAUUAUUGAAAAUCUUAUCUGUUAUUAAUGAUGCUUAUCUGGAAAUUUCCUCUAUUGCUGGAUUGGCUGAAAGAUCCCCUGCUUUAUCUAAUGUAGACCAAAAAACCACUGAAAAGGGGUAGGCAAUACUUUCCCAGGUUUAAUGCAAAUGGCAGUUCAAGAUUUAGAUGAGUCCAUGUCAAUUUUAAAAAAAAGGCCAAUUCUUUGCUGUUAAAAAUUAAUAUAGCGUUUUUGUCUUCAAGGGAUCCAAUUGUAACAAGAUGUGGAUCUGUCCCCUAAUAGGCACAUUUUCAGGCAUUGUUUAUUUCUCAGGUUUUCCUUUUCAAAAAUAAUGGCAGUCAGUUUUCCUUUGCAGGUGUACUCUUUUUAGGGUCAUACUGAAGUGGGCCAAUGUUCUGCUCUUGCAAAUUGUUAGUUAACAGUUGUGCAGUGAUUCUGAAGUGGCUUAGCUUUACAUGGGGCUGAUCAAAGCUCACUGAAAUCAAAGAUAAGACUUUCAACAGCACUAGGGGAAGCUCUGCAUUUCUACAAUCCAGAGCAGAAAUUAGAGUUUACUUAUGGAUUUAGUAGUCAUAACUUGAGGCAAAUUUUGAAAAUAAGUAAAUAACUUUCACCACACAUCCAGAUUAUCCAGUUAGAUCUUUCUGUGGAGGGAAUGACAGUGCUGUAUUUCUCCCCUGUGACCAGUAGCCCAUGUUAGAGUGGGAACAAGUGAGCUUCGCACCACUAGCCUGUGCUGAACAUGUUUCAGGCUUCCUUUCCAUGACGACUUUCUGGAUGAGAAAGGACUAUCUUGAACCUACACAGACUUCAGCAUGUAAAGGACAUCUGAAGUUAUUAUGUAGGGGUGUUGUUUUUCUUGUCUGAAGAGGGUAGAUGCAUGGGAAUUAGCCCAAAAACUUACUUAAAUGGAAAUUCCCUCGCUUUCUAGAGGAACACUGAUGUUAAAGAUUUCUUCCAUUGAUAUUAGAGCAUCCUUGGGAUUGGAGGAGUUAAUGUUUUAUCUACCUUGAUAAACAGCAUCUGCAGCAAUACUGCCUAUCUGAAAAAUGACUUAACAAGAAGUGUUUGAGCUUGAGGUUGCAGAAUUUCCAUCCAAACUACAGAUCUGAGAGUUUUCUGCAUAGGAUGACAAGUUUUAGCCUAUAGCUGUCAGUUUGCACGUACACAGGAUGUACCAUGCAUUUUUUUCCUGGAAACACCAGUGAGACAUGCAAGAAUCAUAAAUGGAGCAAAGUUCAUGUUUCACCACUGGAGGAGGAACACUACUUCCUAGCUAAUAAAGCUGUGGUUUUGAUGUCAUUACCUAGUACCCUAGCGGGAAAAUUUUUCAAAUAGCUAUCGAUAGAUUGAGAUUUCAUUCUGACUUCACUGGCACAUCCUUAUUGUUCAGUAGGUGCUGAUGUCAGAGCACCAAUCUCUCUGGCCAAACUUUUUUUCUCUUUUCACUGCCCGUAGUCCUGUAUGAAGAGAACAAACAUAGACGUUAAGACCAAAAGCUUGUAGCUCAGUAAUUUGUCUCUCACAGUUGCCAAUAGGAAAUAUAUAGGUUAAUUCUGUGGCUGAUCUUGAUAGAUCUAUGGAAACAUUUUCAUGAGAAAUGAUGGAUAAAUGCUAAUUCUACAAGCAAAUUGGAGAAGCAAUCUAAAAAAUUUUGUAUCACCAUCCUCAUCCUCUCAGAGACUGUUUAUUCUAUAAGGAAAUUUAUAAUCACAGAGAUCAGUGCAAAACCUGAAAAUUGGUGUUGGCAUCACCAUGGAGACAAUGACAGUGUUUGCAAAUAAAUAAUCUAGCUCCCCAAAUUAGAAUAGAUUUACUGUAUAAGAAUAUACAGUCUCUGCUAUUUAUAAGCUUGUGUGAAGGUAAUGUGUCCAGAACUUCAGCACUGAUGCUAAGUAUUGUGUGAAUUGUUUCAGUGUUAUGACAAGGGAAGUUAAUAAAAAAGUGUGGGCUCUCUAGGGACAUUUUUCUAUCUCAGUGUGAGAAAUGUGUAAAACAAAUUUUCAACACUCUUUAACUUAGUAGUUGCAUCUGUUGCCUUUAAUAUUAGGUUGCAAAUUUAUUUUGUUGGACACCUUUAUGAUGUGAAAUUAAAUUUAUUAUCAAGGUUGAUGCCGUGAAGUCAAUUAGGUGGUAGACAGACUCAACAUUUCUUCAACAACACUUCCUUUUAGCAAUAGGCAAAACUUUCUCAUUUGCCUGGUGUUGUCUUCAUAAAUAAAAAGGUUCUUAGAGUUUUUGUACCUUGGGAUGAUGAGGUGAAGAGUUUAGAGGUGCUGAAAUGGAUGCAGAAAUGACACACUAUAGUUGGAAUUUUCUUGUAGUAUUUUCCUUCCUAUAAAACAGAUGAUCUUUUGUUCCUCUGAUUAAGAAUUUACAUGCCUGUGUUUCUUCACAUAGCUGCAAGUAGCAACAUCUGCUGUCUUGAGCUUCUGUACAAAACAAAUCCACCCUCUCCGAAGAUAGAGGGAGGAGAUCUACUGCAUAUUGCCUGUACAAGGCAAAGGAAGGAUGAUGUGAGGGCACUAGCUGGCGUCAUCAGUCUCUUUGCAGCAAAGUUGUUCUGUGCAGCUUCCCUCUGCUCCAGGCUCAGAGGGACCAGAGACCAUGGACUGACCACAGAGGCAGACUGGUGGGCAACGUCUUGUACAGAAGUCAUGAGGCCUAAGUAAACAGAGGCAACAGUCAUUCCCCCAGAGCACUUUUUACAGAUCUUGUGUCAGAUUUUUUUGUCUGCUUAAAGCUCCCCAUCACACAGGCUCUUCUGUGAUGCAGUGCAUAGAGGUCAGGAACUCAGAGCAAGAAGGAAAUAGUGAUGGAAGUGGCAGAGUGGUAGAUAAAUUUUGUUCUACCAUCACUCUGGUAAUAUCUGCCAAUCAAAGACAAAAGCCUCUGCAUGGGAGAAUUGCUGCUCUGCCAGGACUCUCAAAGUGUGGUUUUCCUGCAGGAUCCCACAGGAUAUUUCUUUUUUAAUUCCAAAGAACCAAUAGUCAUUAACUGUGGUUGUGGUUUUGGCUUCACUGCUCAUUCCCACAUCCACUUGCAGAUCUGAGUGUGUUUGGAAAGGCAUUUUGGAGCCUGGAUACAUGCCUCUGCAACCAGAAAACCAAAGCUUUUAAAACCUUGGAAAUCUUGUAUGGGAAUUGCCUAUUCUGAAGAAGAAAUCCUUGUAGUUGAGUUGUUAGCAUGUCCUACUGCAGUUCAUGUGUGUGCAUAUGCCAUUUCACAAUGCUGACUCCUUCUGUGCUUACGGUGUUCCCUACCAAGCCCAACAGCAGUAUCAGGUGUGUAACCAACUUUUCUCUGUUUCCUAUUAACAUCCCUCUUUAAUUUUUUUCUGUAUAAACCAAGCAGUGCAGAACCAUGACAUGUUGCAUGCAUUUAAAAGUAACAUAGCACUGCACUGAGGCUUAAACUCUGCUAACCGAUUUCACAUUGUAUAUUUCUUCCUCUGAAUAGAUCCUUAUCCCAGAUGAUUUAAAAAUUAAGGAAAAAAAAUACCACCCAAAACUGCUGUGUUGAAUUAAAAAUGGUAUGAAACCUGCAUAAGUUGUUGGGGCAGGUUUAACUGCUGGACAGCUUUCAGAUUAUGCAGCUGCCACAAGCUGUCACACUUGCAUGCUUCAUGUAAACUGUCCUGCCAAGAAGUCUGUAAUCCAACAGCAGCAUUGCAAAUUUACGGCAUUUUGUGGAUUUUCCUCUUCCAGUAUCAGGCCACUACCUCAGCUCUGCUGAGUGCUCAGAGCUCACUGAGGUGAGCUAAUUCCCUAUCCUAAUGCAGUCUCAGAGCUUCUGGCUUUGGUUUUGGGUUCUGGUGAUCUUUUGCAAAAUUAUACAUGUGAAAUAUUGGAAAUAGCAACAUGCUUGAAUUAGCAACAAAACAAGAAGCAUAAAAAAGCUUGUGAAAUUCAGAAACAGUUGGUUCCCUUCCUUGAAGAUAAUACAUUAUUCAUAGCACUUUACUGGGAUUGAGGGUGCAUCCACAGUAGAGGCUGUGGAUGAAUUGAAGAUGCUGAGUGUGCAGAAGACUCGACAGGCAGGAGUUGAUCAGCUCCUGCUACUGUUCAUAAUUUCAUCACCUUGCAUGCUAUUUCCUGCUCUUGGUCAGGCUUCUGCUUUUCAGAAGACCUCCACUUUCCUUCCUUUAGCAUCCUGUAUGUGUAAUUCCUAUUAUUGUUCUUAUUAGCAUCUGUUGUUGACAUGGCUGCUUAUAUCUAAACAAUAACUGUGAUUAAAGGGCUGAUCUUACUCUUUGCAGCAAAGACAAAACUGCUACGGUGACACAGCAGGCACUCACAUCCUUAGAGAGGGAGAUGACUGCAGUGCAAGUUGUCACUGGUGCAUUUGGGUAAAGUCAGUACGUUAACAGUCCAUGGCAUGUUUUUAACUUUCCCAAGCACUAAAUUUAUCCAUGCAGCUAGGAGUUACUCCUUAACAAUGUUAUUAAUUUGCAAUGCAUGAGCAGCCUUACAACAAAAAUCUGUAAACUGUUUAACCUCAUAUACAUGAUUGAUCUUUUGUGGCUUGGCUAUUAAUCAUGCGUGAAAGCAAGCAGAACAGUGAAACAGGGGAAUAUAACAAUUUAGUCAUAGGCAACAGAUCAUUCACCUCUGCAGAUGCUGACUUGUUCCUGUGGCUUAGAAACGUUGAUCUCCAGUUAUCCGUGGUCCAGGUUGGUAUCACUGUGUCACUAUAGCAACAAAAUGGCCUCUGAAAAAACAGCAUGAGGCAUCUCAGUCUGCUUCCCUGUGGGCUGGAGUUCAUAUUAGAGAGGCCAAUACAGUAAGUGAUGCAAAAUGGCAACUUUGCUGGCAGCCUUAACAAAAGGAUCAGUGGAGGCAGAUGUUAAACCGGCUGUUUGCUCCUGGGAUUUUAGUUUCCAAAGGCAGAGUGAGGCUGAACAUGUUUUAUUUUGGACAAAAAGAGAAGACACAGGAUUUCAGAGAAACAAGUGUCUUCCCGGCUUUAUGGCUAGCAGGGAGGCAGCAGAGUGAAAGGGAUUCAAGAGGGACAUGCUGGCUGCCUCGGCUGCAGCCAUGCUGUUUUCUGCCUUCAUCUCUCUGGCCCACUUUGGCUUUAACAAUCCAAGAAUCAAGUUUCCUCUGAAGAGUGGGAGACAAGUGAGUGCUCUACGCGCUUGUCCCCUCUGCUCUAGACACAGCAUGAGGCUGCUUAAAUCCCUGGGUGUGCUUAACUUUCUCAGUGACCACAGAUGGCAAACUUAAACUAGACAUCUAUUUUUUUAAGACGGCCAAGAUAAGUAAGAUUGAUCCCACUGAAUUAAGCUCUUUCCCUGUGUCUCAAAUCUUUUAGUCUUGUUGCUUUUCAGAGUUUUCAUUGGCCAAAAUAAAUUGAAUCAAGCUAAGUGGCAGAGGGAUAGAUAAGCAUAUUCCAGGAUAAAUGAAGGUUUGAUACGGUAGCCAUGGUGACUGUCAAGAAGAGGGGCUACUGCAGUUCUGGAAAUCUCUUCCCUCUGAUAUCUGGACCCUUUACAUAUGAUAUCAGCACUGCCAAUCACAACUCCUGGAUGCCAUUAGGACUGUGAUUUAGAAAAGCUUUUGAGCUUUGAGAUCCUAGCCCUAUUAUGCAAAACCCCCAUGCCACCUUCACCCGAACCAUGUGCCAGAAUGCCUACAUAAACCUUGUUAAUUAUCCUGUAGUAAAGAUAGCAAUAAGAUAUAUAAAUUCUAAAGAGCAGAGAGAUAGUUGCCAGGUUAUCAUUAACAUACAUUUUUUGCAUUUUUAUGAAUUUGUAGGCCCAACAUUAACUUCCCACUAGCAGGAGGUCUCACAUUGAGCUACUUGUUUUCUAGGUAAUUAUUCCCUAGCAAUACUCUCUAACGACUACUCUUGAAGCAAUAAGUAAAGCCAUGCUAGUCUAUUCUGUGUAGAUUCUUGUACAACACCUAUCAACUUAACAUUCCACCUUUUAGCAGAACAUUAAAUGGUAGAAUAACACCCUGUCACGUAUUGUUUGUCCUUCCAUCCUCUUCCCCAGGGGAGAAGAGUAUGUAGUGGAAUCAUUUGAUUUUGUGAGGCGUUGUCUUUUUGUUAGUUUUCUAAAAAUAUAUGUUGCUACUUACUUAAAUAAGGAAGAGCAGAAUCAGAACUAUAGACCAGGAUUAGAAAAGAGUUUUAGUUGUAAACAGAGUGUUUUAAAGACUUCCUAUUGAGUAGGACUGGUCUCUCAUCAUAGAAACAGCAGUACCAGUAAUAUAUGUAAGAUAUACCAAGGAAUGAUAAAUAUGAGCAGUAAAACAGGCAGGUAUAUAUAAUGGAUAACUUCUGCUUUAUAUACAACAGUAAAUAGAUGCUAAAACUGUUUAAUACCCAGAGAGAAGGAAUACUGUUUAAUCCACUUUGGCAUUUGUUUAUUACCAGUAUACCUCUAAGGUAUUAUUUUUUCUUUCCCUAAUGAGACUAGAACAUACUGUUAAAUCAAUAUCAGAGUUUCUGAACUUAUUGCAGAAAAACAUGGUUAGGAAUAACUAUCAAGGAGAGUUUUUUUCAAGUGAGACAACAGAUCAUAUAGAAAAGAGGUACGGACAGGUAUAUUUAUUUUAAAAGUUUCUGUGGCAUUUCUGAUUGGUUGAAAUAAUUUUGAAACUGUACACUUAAAGCACAGCUGCCUGGUUCAGGUUAUUUCCAUUUGCUAAGAAGGAGGAGGUAAAAUUUUCAAAGUCACUCAAUCCCAUUUUCUGUGCUUAAACACAAUCUCUUUCUGAAGGUUGAACCUAACUUUUCUGAAUAAUCCUGAGGUUCUGAAUGCCUAAAUAAGUUUUGGAAAUGUGGGUUAUAAAUCCAUAUCAUUUAUGUUCCUUUGAAAUAUUGUCCACAAUGAUGUAUGAAAGCAAAUUCUAAAUUUCCAACCAGCAGCAAAAGUGCGUUUUCCUAGUGCUAACCUGUGGUGGAUGAUGAAAUGUGGAAUUGUUUCUAAUCUAUGCAGUUUUUUACACCUUUUUUCAAGAUGAUGCUCCCAGAUGUGUUGCUGUGAGCAUAUGAAUGUUCUGGUCUUCAGUGGGGAUGAGGCUCGUUACCGACCUUUAUAAUGUUCUGAGGGAUCCUAAGGAAGAAAGCACUGCCCAGCCAACUCCAUCCAAUUUAGCUCAUCUACUGAGGGAGUGUCAAGCUGAGUCUAAGAUUUACUUUCUCAUUACAUCUCUAAGUCAAGUUCCACGUGCUUGCCAGUGUUUAAAUGUCUAAGCAUUCGUCUCUGGAAACUUCUCACAGGUCCUGCAAGUGUAUAGGUAAGAAGCCAACAGACAGAAAGCAUCUGAACAAAGUAAAGCAUGUGUGUAGGGGAGAGCUGCUGUACGUAGAUGUGCUGCUGAUUCUCAGCUUUCAUUUAUUUGGAAGUUGGAUGACCCAGAGAGUAUUCUGGGCAUGAUGCAAAGUGCAAGAAAGUGCUUUACAUGUCAUGAACUCUCAAGGCAUUAGGAUGAGUUUCAGAGUCCAUAAUCCUUAGAGUUUUAGUGGAAUUGCAUGAGGAAUGCACUGUUUUUGGAGGAGGGAAAGUUGCUUUGUAUUUUAAAUAAGAGUUGAAUCUUUAGUUACAGAGAAAAAGCAUGUGGGAAAAAGAAAGUCUAAAAAUUAUAAAUGCAAAAUGCAAAGAAGAAUGUCCCACUUUUUUGUAUCAUUUGACUUUUCUGGAGGUAGGACCCAGAAUUCCUCCAUGAGUUUCGAUACUGAAUGCAAAACUAGAUGUGAAACAGUACAAGUGAGGUACUUCGCCAACUGGUAGAAAUUUGGAGGUGAUAGUAAGAAUGCCUUUUAAAAGGUAUGUAGGGAUACGGUACCUAAAUGUUAGCACUUUAAAAAAAUGGAAGGUCUUCUGCUUUGUAAGUAAAUAUUGUUUAGAAAUGCCUGAACUGAAAGAACGCUUGGAAGAUUGUUGUAUCAUAACAAAAAGAUACAAAGCCUAUGACAUAAUCUACAAUUCACACCAUUCCUUCAGAAGUAGUCCUAUAUAUGGGGUUUCCAAAAGCACAUUCAACCAACAGUUGUUUAUAGUUAAUUUCAAAGAGAGCAGUACUUCACCAAGCACCUUCUGCAAAAAUGCAAAGCAGAUCGUGUUAGGUAAGGCCUACAUUUAACUCAGUUGGUUUAGAGCAUAUUAAGAGACACAGUGCAUCCCAAAGUAAGGCUUUAAAUGUGCUUCCUAACAUGUGUAAGCAUUGUGUCCUUUUACUGAAGUCUAAACAAAGCCCAGUCUAGACAAAAUUCCCAUCCCAAUACAUGGCGUUUAUAUUGCCUUGCUAGAAAAUUAGCACUUCACUAAAUUGCAGCCAUUAAUGUCUUUGAUGCUGGAAUAUUGCUAAAUUUUCUUAUGUCUCACUCUGCCCAAGUUGCACUGGGGCCCAUUACACUCUGGAGCACCAAGGGUUUGGGGAAUUGCUGUAAGAAUGAGUGAAAUUCAGCUAACCUGAAUUUAGGUAUUUAAAAAUUAUGUCUGGUCUGACCUAGUUGGGUCAGCUCCCUCUACAGUCAGUGCAGACAUCCUGGCAUCUCAAAGAAUGAUUGUUCCAGGAGGAAGUGUUAAGGAUGAGAUAAACCACUGCCUUAGAUGUGCUCUUCUCUCUCUCCUCAGUGACUACAGUGUGGAGGUGCAGGACUAGUUCAGAUUAACUGUCAUACUGUAGGUUAGAUGAAUUCCACUGCUGAUAAGAAUGAGAGGAUGUAAUAGGAUAGAACAGCAAAUAUACAUGGAGAGAAACACAACAGGGGCAAGGGCCAGGCUCCAACCAGAGAUUCAAAGGGCUGUGGUGAUAAAAUUAUUAAUAUUUGAGAGGUCUGGCUAGGAAGUUUAUCCUAAUUAAAAGAACAUUCCUUUCAACUAAAACCUAACAAUCUGUGACUGUUUCCAACUGCCCACUUCUGAUCGAAGAUAAUACUGGUGUGCCACUUCUAUAGGCUCCACUAAGAGCCAUCUCCAUAUCGUAGUGUUAUUUACUGCUUGAUUCCUUCUUAGAAUAGUGGCAGUUAGCAAGCCACUUAAGGAGUCCAUCCCUCCCAGGAAUGGAUAUCUGGUUUUCUUAACGUUUAAGUGAUUGUUUUUCCUCACCUCUUUCUUUUUUCUGAAACAGUAUAUAGGCUGGUCUCUGCAAUCACUCGGGAAAGAAGAGGGGAGCAGAGGGGGAGGUGCUGGCCAAAUGUUCUCUCACUACGAUCAUAGUUACUAAAGCUUCUGUCUGACCUGUCCUAAAUUCUACUUGUGUUGUUACGCCCUUGGAGUACCCAGAUUCUCCAACAGGAUCUUGGGUCAGGCUCUGAACCAGAGGCGAGUGGGAAGGACCAGGGCUGCCACUUGGCUGUACCACUCCCAUGCUUCUCUCUUCCAUUUGCAAUUGCCACUUUGAUCCUUUGACAUCUGUGGCAAUUUUCACUGCAGUCAUGGUUAGGGAGGCCGUGGGAAAGUCCUUCUUGGGAAGAAGCAAUAGUAUGCAGUCCUCCACACUGUGAACUGUCACUCUCUCCAGAGAAAAGGAAUUAGAAAUAGUAUUGUCCCCAAGAGCUGAGAAAACUUGCAGAUUUUCCAUGUACAGUAAACAGUUGCUAUAAUUAUGAGGAAAACAAAACAGAGAGGCAAAGUUGUGUAGCAGGGGCACCCGGUCUCAUACACACUGCUGUGAUAAUGAAAUCCAAACCCUGUGGAAUUGCAGGCACAUUAUUCUCACUUGCUUUAAAGGUCAGCUAAGAAGCUAAUUUCUCAAAUGGGCUCAUAGCUCUGAGACAAUGUGACACUAGUAAUUUCUUCCAACAAAUUGCAGUUGUCAGAGAAACUGGAUUAGUAGCUCACAGAGCUAAAAAUAGACAUUAUGCACUUGCCAGAGAAGGAUGAAUUCAGUAACAGAGGUGAAGGUAUAUCAAAAUAUCAUAACAUCUGGAGAAAAAGCAACAAAAAAAUGCUCAACUCAAAGCAAGUUACACAUAAAAUUACAUUAAAAAUAGUCUGAAUCACCAACUGGAAGAAUGACAGGGUUUAGUCUUCAUUCUGUUUUAUUCACCUUCCAGAUACACCUUGCGGUUGCUGCUUUAUCAGCUGAAUCAGUUUGGCCACAAUGUCAAUGUCAUGUACCUCAAGUUUGGCAGUGAAAGUCAUUAUGUUUAAGCCAUUAUUUGAAUACUGAAAAAGAAGAGUCUUUGGCUUAACAUUUUUUUCUUCUUUGCGGGGGGGGGAGAUAAUUUACCGCUAAACUUAUUCAAUUGAAAAAUAAAAACUAAACUCCCAAAGCCCAAAUCUAAUAACAGAGCUACAGUGAAAGCAACUUUCCAAACCUCAGCAUAUCUUUACUAAAAAGGGGAUAAUUAUUUUUCAUUACAUCAAACAUUUGCAUUUUAAAGAAUUCUCUUUUAUGCCGUGAUUUUGCAAAUUUGUAUUACUACUUGCUUGGACUUAAAAAAAAAAAAAAAAACAACAACAAAACUCUUCUUUAUUCUUCAUUCUUCUUCAGUUAUUUAUUAUUUUCCAUAGCAGAGCAAUUCCACCAUACUGUGUAUGACCCUGGAAGAGCAGCAAUCCACUGCAGAUAGGGAGCCUCAACAUGUCUGGUCAAGGUGAAAAUUUCUCCAAAGUACAUGUUGGGUCUCAGCUGAAGACAGGGCUGGCAGAAGUUGCAUGCAGUUUGUACUAUGACUUAAGUAAUUCUUUUUACUUUUUGAUUCAGAAGCAGACCUAUGUACAGCUCAGGAAUAAUCUUCGCCACUUUCUUUAGAAAUUCUUUCUGUAGUAUGUGUCUUUUCUGUGCACCUUUUAUAAAAUCUCUGCAUUUCAGAUCUGAGGCAUUGACAAGUGUAGGGUAUAAGUAAUAACUUAGGUCAACAAAUCAAAUCACUGUCAAAAAUAUUUGUAAAGUAUUUAUGCUCAUUGUCUUUUAGAUAUCUUAUAAGCUAGAGUCCUUUUUGCAAAUUCUGUUCUUGCAGAAGCCUUUGGUCAUCAUGCUUGGAGAGGUUAAGAGUAAUCUUGAUUUUGGGAUUCAGUUAGCAUCAAUACCACUUAUCUGGCAUUCACUGUGUACCAUUAUUACUGCAGUGCUAAGGUUCAGUUGUGAAAUUGAAAUGUCAGGAUAAGCAGCACCAGCAGUUAAUUGCAUUGCACAUCCUACACAUUAUGUACACAUUUCACGGCAUACUUUGUAUUUUGUAGAACAUUAUAUGACUGGUUAAAUAUAUAGAAAAAUAGUUAGGAACAAAAAAUACAAAAUAUGUGGACACUGCUGUGUCUGAUUGAUAGCCGUCUUGAGAUAUUAUGGAUAUAUUAUCGCUUAUUCUUGGGAUUGCUCUGAACCAAAUUAUGCAUCUUUGGCAUCCAUCCUUGCUUUGGUGAGAGGUAUGGUCAUCAUCAUCCCUUAAGUUGUUAAAACUCAGUUACAUUAGAGCUCAGAGAUUUUUGAGCCGACCAUUGUAAGAGAACUAAUACUGGGGUUUUUUUUAUAAUAUGGCAGGUUUCACUGCUAGGGUUGACUUUACAUCCCUUCUUGAUUUGUUUUUAACCUUUCCCAGUUUACUAAAAUUCUGCAGUUCCUCUUUCCAGGAUUCCAUAGUGUUUUGAAGAGUGUGUGUAGUCUGGUUGUGCAAUCCACUGGUGCAACACACAAAUGUUAAGCUGUUUCAGACCACCGUACUGGAGACUCCAACCAAUGUUUCACAGCUACAGAUAAUCCCCUCAUUCUCUUUGCCACUUUGCUCUGCCUGUAUGGCCAGCUUUAGAGAAGGAACUGGAUGCCACUAAAAAUCUUCUGGUGGUUUAUAUUUGUUUCAGUGAGAUAAAUUAAUGAUUAGGAGAAACUUUUGCAAAACAAGCUAAUGUUAUCGGCAUGCACUUCACAGCCUGAGCCCAUCAAGUCAUAGUUCAGCCUCUUCCCAAAGCCUUUGAAAACAAAUUGAAUUUCACAUGCAGUAUCUUGCCUAGAAGAACCGAUAACAAUUUUCCAGUUGUCUGUCACUGUAAUGCUGACUCUCCCACCUAACGGAAACCCCAUGAAAUUCAUGAAACCAUGAAUGGAAAAUCUCAUACUUCUGAUACUUGUUUAAACCUUUCUUCCAGGAGCCUACUGUAAUUCUGAAAUUCGUGAUUUAACUGGCAAUUCAUUCAGGCUCAUCUUCAUUUCCUCUGCAGGUAACUCUAGAGGAUGAUUAAUCUUUGAUGCCUUAAAAAGUUGUAUGUUUCAACUUUUCCCUUUGAUUUCAGUGUUGCCAAAGUAAAAUCUGAGGGCUAAUUCUUGUCUAAGAUAGUCACAAACAGCUCCAAUAACAGGGCCAGACAUAUGUGAAGGUAAAUUGUAGGUAUGAGUAAAAAACUUGGAUUAUUGUAGGAAGAUAGGUGUUCAUCCACGUUCGUGAUGCUCAGUUUUAGGAGUGGGAAUUUUUAGUAAGAGUUAUGAGUUGCAUAUUGGUGGUCUGUCAUUUACUAAGAGCAGAACAAAGGGAAGGAGCACUUCAGUGCAGUGCAGUUUUAAUCUCAGCUUUAUGAAUGCUGAGAAUUGCUGCUCAUCUUGUUUCAAACAUCUUUGUUUUGCAAGCUGGAUAAAAAUACUUGGCUCUCCUAAAAUGUGAAGGUUGACCACCUCAAAGUCUGCACUCCUGUAGAAAUGGACCAAUCUCCCCUGGGUGCAAAUGCUUUUUGUGUAAUUCUGUAAUACUGUUUUAGUCUGUUCUAUAAAGCUUCUCUGAAGAGACUUGUACAUGCAUUCUGCACUAAAUAACAAGAUUACAACCUUGCACUAUCAACAAAGGAUGCUUAGCAUUAAAGUAAUAUUCGAUGCCAUUAAAUAAUACUAGAGCUCUAUCAGGGUUUAGAGCACUGUGAUGUUUGUGCACUGAAGCAGUUUGUACAAAAUUUCUUACAGACACAAGGAUAAUCUAAUUAAUGACAGUAUUUCCAUUUUAGUAACAUGCAGAGGAGGUAAGGUGGUGUCCCUAGACAUUUCUGUCAACUUAAUGGUUAAAAGAGAUUAAUUUUAGUACUAUGUAAAUCUGAACAUUAUUUUAAAACGUCAGCCUGCAAUCUAUUGGGAAGGGAUGUGGCAGGUUAGAGUUUUACCAUGAGCUAGCAUGGACAGAAAAGCUCAGCAAAGCAUAUAAGCCAAGACCUUCCCACACUGAAACCAAGGGAGUAAUUGCAAAAUCGAGUCUAGCUACUUGUUCUAGCUGGUCAGCAAAGGAAUCCACCUGCCAACAGAAGCAGAGUCCAUACAAACUAUUGCAUGCUGUAUUUCAGUUUUUUUAUUGGGAUUCAUUUGGCAGUCUUAGUGGUCUGGAAGUUACAGCAAGUACCUCUGGUUGAAAAUUACUAUUUCAGUUAUGAUUGCUUCCCCAAACCAACUGAAUUUACUACUAACCAAAGACUUAUCUACUUGAAAACAAAACAGUAAAGUUUGGUUCUGUCAUUUAUGUCUUUGACUGCGAGCAGUUGAAGUUCAUACUAUGUGUACUAACCAGGCCUGUAUUGUGUCAUUAAGCAAGUUAUUCAAGGCCGCAGCACCAGUAUAACACAGCAGAAUUCAGUAUUAAUCCCUCUAUGGGAACAUGAGUCUAUGUAAUAAAUCGAUGUGCCAUAUGUGUAGGCCAUGGGAAAAUUGUGUGUGCAGUGAACUACAUACAGUCUUAAAAGCUUUAACAUUUGUACUGCUUUUCCUAUAACAGAAUGUAUAUCUUGAUAGCUAUGACCCUAUGAGCUUCUGAAAAAAAUGUAAUCUAAAGUUUAUUCUUCUUGUUUUAAAAUCACUGUUUUGUGAGUAACUGUUUACACAGGCCUCCAUACAGCAAGGGGUCUUUCUCCAUGUGUUGCUGGGAAAUAGAAAAGCAGAUGCUAUCUGUAAUCUUGCAGGCUAGAGAGAUCAGUGAAUGCCUUUCCUGAAUCUCCUCCUGAUAAGCAACUUCUUUUUUCUAACAAAUGAAGACAGUGCCAAUAGCCUGGGCCUUGUUUAGAAGAAACAAAUCAUUUGUUAAACAACGGCCUUGUUCUGUUCAGCUUCUAUUGAUAUGUCUUAAUUUUCUCUUUCUGCCUCUUUUUGAGUAGGCUUUGGUGAUGAUUCUUGCAAAAUGUAAUUGAGGGCAAACAGUUUGCCUUUUUUACCCUUCCUUUUUUCAAAGCCAUGAAGGCCUCAAACAAGAAGAAAAAACUUUACAAAACUCAUGCAGGCAUGUUGUUAACAGAUAGCAGAAGGAUAAAACAGCCUUCUAAGAGUACUCCAAAUUAUCUUUUAAUGGCAUGCCUGCACUGUGUUGUGACUUGACAUCUUGCUUUCAUAGUGUGACCUGCUAUAAUGGUGUUCGUUACAAUGAGGUCCUUUUAGUUUGUCCUGAAAGAUUUUACUUGUUUGUCAACAUAUUAGAAACAAAAGGUAUACUCUAUAAGAAAAGCAAUAUACAAUACACUAUACAGCUUCUAUUUCAAUGCCUCUAGUUUUAGGCUAGUAUUCAUAUAAAAGUUUAUAAUCAAAAUACAAGUUUUAUUGUUCUUCACAGGACCAAGCUAAGAAGUUUUGCCUUGUCUAAAUACUAACAGUAACAUUUCUUGUCAACAAAUACUCUUUUCUCUUGCUUCUAGUUAACUUGUGGUGGGCUCCAUCCUACUCUGAUUCCCCAUUAAUGCAUUUGCAAGGGAAAAGUAAUGAGCUAUUUCAGUGCAUGACCUUUGCGCAGUACCUGAUUCAUAAAGAUAAAUAGAUCCAAAAUCUCAUUUAUUAGUUAUUAGUGAUCAGCAAAACAACAAAACCCCUUUGAAGUUCAGCUGAGUAAGUUCUGAAGAUCUUGCAUUGCUUAUUCAGUUUAGCAAAGUUUCUUGAGUCAUUGUAACAGACAUAUUUGAUUAAGCCUCUGCCAUGGACACUGGCACCAGCCUUCAUCAAAAAUUGCUCUAAUUUCUGCUUCCCAUUUUAUCUGGAAGUCUGCUGUAAUGGAGAAAUUAUCUGGAUAUAAAAAAAAUCAUACAGGUUUCCCAUGUUUGACCUAGUCCUCUGGUAGAUAGGUCACAUUAAUUAAUUUUUGUCAUAUUAGUAAGUAGUAGUAUAAGUCACUGAAGAGGUGUUUAAAGAAGACAGAACAUUAAGACAAAUCCAGAAUUUUUACACACAAGAAAUGUGUGUAGUUUGCUAAAAAAAGUAGAACAAUAGGGAAGUUACUGAGUUCUUUUUUUUUCUCAUUAAACUUUGCUGAUACACAUAACAGUUGCUCAUAAAAUAUUUAUUUCUUCCCUCACAUUCUCUCAUUUGAAGCCAGUAGAGCUUCAAAGCAAAAAGAGUUACCUGGUUACUUUGUCCGAAUUACUUAGUAAAUGCAGUCCAGCUGCCAAGUCCAUCCAGACUGACUUUCAAUGUCACAAAUGUAGCUAAUUUGCUGGAAGUCAUUGACAGAGCUUGGUUUUCUAAGCACUGCAAUAACAUGAUACGAAAUGUACCAGUUUAGUUACAGUGCUGGGUGUUCAAGACACCAUCCAGACUGUAUUUAUUAUUCUUCUCCCAUCAUUUAUAAAGGCAAAAAAUUAGUUUAAGUCUGUGUCUUUGCAUUAUUUGAGUUCUCAUAUGUGAAGACUGCAUCUGGUAGUAUGUUGCAGACUUGCUUUCCCAUGAAAGAAUAGCUGGUUUAUCUCUUUUGUGAUACCUUUUUUGUCUGGAAUAUUUUGACAUCUCUUCAACCAUGUCAAUAGCUUGAGUUGGGCUGCCUGAUGUCUGGAAAUCCUGGAUAAAAGGCCACACUAAACUUGUGCAGAACAAUUCUGUAUCUUGGUGAGAAGAGUUUUGUAUGGAUAUGUUGGGUUUACUGCUAGGGGCAGACCAACUUUGCAAGUGUACUGGACUCAUCUCAUGCUGUAGAAUUGAUGUGUAUAGGCACAGCACGUUGACACGUUGCUCAGCUAGUGCAGACUGGUCAUGUAUUUCAGUCUGGCAAGUCUUGAGGAAAAACACGGAAGUUGUAGCAUUUGGAAUUUCAGAUGUUGGCAGGAGUACAUGAUUUGUACCACCUACUCUGUCUUGUGUCAUGAAAACUAUCAUCUGGAACAAUAAGUAAAGAAGAAAAAAAAAAAAGAAAGAGAAAUGAGGGGGAUUGUGAGGUAGAGCUCAUUUAUCAAACUUCAUGUUCUCUUAAACCUCCUUUGCCAUCACCGCAUGUGGAACUAACACCAUUCAAAUACAGUGGUCAACCCUGAUGAUCCGUCUCAUAGGAGCUGUAUCUGAGUUUCCAUAGGUAAAUUUUAUGCUGAGUAGCUAUAAUACUGCCAUGGGGCUGGAGGUGACUGUCCUUUUUAAUAACCAUUGUUUAAAGAUUCAUUGCUGAAAUGGUCAAUACCCAAAUACCUGUCAGGACUUGGCAAGUAGGGUUCACUUUCCAGCAAGGUUUUGUGGUAGGAGCUUUGAAUGUUAUUGUGAAUUAGGACUGAUCUGUGGUGGUCCUAAGCCUUCACAAAUAAAGCAGAUUAUUGCAGCCCAGUCAAAACCUUGGUCAGUACUGCCAUGCCAGAAACCCCCUGUUCUGAACAAUUGCAGGCUUCCUACCUCCUGAUAAUCCUUGCAAAGCAAACCCAUGUGACUCCUAUUAUGCCUAAUAGGAGUCCUUGUUUGGGCUAAAGUCUACAAAGAGCAUUGAAACCAUACCCUAUGUUCCUUGCUGUACAAAACCAUCCGUGGUCUGAUGCUGCAACUGUUAUAUUUGCUAGGUAAUGCUCAGCCUGUAAACAGAACCACAGUCCAGCACGUCAAUGUGUAACGCAUUCCAUGUAGGAGCAAGACAGCACUUUCCCCUGACCUGCAUUUGGAUUUAAAGCUUAGUUACAUGGGCCAUUUAGGCUGCAGUCCUGUGUGGCUCAGGUGAACAGGUAACUUAAAGGACACGGAGGCCUCAUGCAAUGUGUGCUUUGGCCAAGCCUUCUGCAAAUGUUGUGAGCAAGGGUGGCGGGACUGCAGCCAUACCUCAUUGUGUGGUUGUAGAUGGGAGUUGCACACCUAGUAUCUAAUGCAGCAUUUCAGAUAUCUAAGGACUUAUUUUUCCAUACAUUCUACACACAUUCCUACAUAUUUUAUGAAUCAGGUCUGUGAUCAAUGUUUUGAACAAUUUGUUUGCUGUGGUUUCAUGGGGUUACUAUCUCUUCGGUUUGCAAUGUAAAUAAUGUUAUACAUCUGCUAUUUUAUGAUACAAAUGCCAUGUGAAUUGCUCAUUUUUAAAAUGUUAUAGCUCUGUUAUGGUUUAUUUACAAUGCCAUCUUACAGUAUUGGUUUAAUAUACAAUGUAUCUGUAUGGCAUGAAUUAAAUUGCUUAUAUUUUACAAUGUCAAAUAUUUUAUUUUUGUUUUCUAAAAUGACUACAUUUCAUCCUAUGCAGUUUCAUAAAUGUUUCUUAAGUGGCUCAUUGCAUCUGGAAAUAUUGCUUCCUUUCCAGUAGUGCAGGCAUAAGAACCAGUAUUCCUGAUCAAAAUCAUCAGAUAUAUCAUCUAGCAAUUUCAGAUUAGAAAUAUAUGUACAAAAAUGUAAGCAUUUAUAGUUAAUCAGAACAUCUACUAUAUCUUCCUUGCUUUUCAUUUAAUGAUACAUUUUAAUCAUUUUGUAUACUUUUUAUUUGUAAUUAUUUGUGAGUCAUACACAGUGUAAAUAACAUGUUUCAUUAUGCAAGAUUUCUAGUUAUUCAAGAUUACAAAAAAGUUGAAUUUGUAUAUGAAAAGAAAUUGACAGUAGAUUGGAAUGACAUAAAAUAAAGUGGUGAUGACUAUGUUCUAGUUAUACUGUUCAUUUCCAAAUUGUCUGUUAAAGAUAAAACAUUUCAUUUGCCCUUUAAUGUCCAACUAGUUAUUUACAGUAUAUUUACAUCAAUAAAUCAUGCAAAAGUC